AAAAUUUACCCUGUGCAGAAUUCUAUGAAAAGUUAUAUUUAAGCGUACCGAAAUUCCCCCUCCCGCGAUUUAUUGUCUUCCUCUCCCGGAUUCGACCAUGUUUAACCCUAACCCAAAUACCAAUGAAUACUAUAUGGGUUGUGCACACUUGUACGAAGAGAAUGCAUACUACAGAAUUACUACUGAGUAGUAUUUUGUAGCUUCAGUGCGCAGGGCCCACAUUUGCACUCGGGGUAUAGUCAGCCGUACCACUCCAGCAAGUUUUCCCGCCCGUAUCGAUCGGCAGGGAAAGGGGACUGCAUAGAGGACAACCGUGAACGACUGACGGUGCGACAUGGGAUCCUGUUUUGGGAAACGGCAAGAUACGCAAGGAGGCGCGGCCGAGUUGACGGACAUAGGCGCAGCAUCAAAGACAGAAGACGGCACUGAUAAGCCCAGUGGUCAUGGGAAGAAGUUGGGAGUCGUCGGCGGAGAAGUGUACCUUCCGUACCCACAUAAGCCAGGUGAAGCGGUGGACUUCGGGGUGCGACUUGAUGACAUCGAUGGGAAAUUCGUACUGUCAGAGACGGUGGAAAAUAGCCUGGCUCGCAACGCAGGAAUUUACGAUGGCGACGUUCUCGUGGACAUCAACGGCACAAACAUCGAGGGGUACCAAGUCCAAUAUCUCCUGGACCUUCUCCGUGAAAAAGUGAAGCCCAAGCUGCUUUUGACCGUUAAGCGCCAGUUAGAUGAAGAUAAUCACGAGUUCGUGUGGACUUACUUCGAAGUUGUCGUGGAAAAUGAAAACCAGCCGGAGGUGCGUAUUCUGUACUUGACUCAGACGGCUGAAGAUGUCAUGCCAUGGAUAAAUCCUGGUCCACUGGAGACCGGGUAUAGCUGGCUUGGAGUACCCUCCCCUGCCUACAAUAUAUAUCUCAGGGGAAACCCAGCACUUUAUCUGAGCAUUGACGACGGAAAAGUGGAGUUCUCGUCGACAUACAACAAUAGAACAAGUUUGUUCUACUUCUAUAUCUACGUCGGUCCAGGACCACCAGAUGACGGCCUUGUGGUCGCGUACUCUCUGCAAGAAUUCGAGCAACCAGUGACCGCCUCUACCACGCCAGCGGCUGAAGUUGUACAAUCUGGUGCCGAUCCCACGUUAGAUGCGAUGGAUUUCCCAGAUUCUUUGUUGGGAAACGACGUUCCGUUAGACCCUCGUUUCUGGUACCUAAAGAUGAACGUUUCUGGUACCGGUGAAAAUUCUCUUCAGAGCAUCGAGCAAACAGGUUGGUACUUGGCAAAGAGUACUUCGAGUAAUGAUGCUACUCUAUCAACUCAACCACAAUAUUUCGUGAUGGCACGAGCUAAUAGCAACAGCAGUUCCAGUGACAACGAUUGUUAGAUCGUAAUACUCGCCGCCCAUUGUCUGUAGGUGUUGGUAUCGGCUAAUUUCUUCGAGCUCUCAUUGGAUGAAUUUGGAUUGGUGACCAGGGGGUCAACACUUCACCGACUGGUUAAAAAUAUCCAAUAGUCAUGGCGGUAUGUUUUGUGAAUUUUGAACCAUAAGCGAUACCGCUGGUUUUAGAGCGCCGUUAUGGCGUCCAACUGAAUCGGUUGUAGCCGAAUCAGUCCUCAUCAAAAUGUAAUCAAGUGAAGCGUCUUUAAUAAGCCUAUGUACUGAUGACGUCACACUUUGUUUACACGUGUUUACGCGGGAGCAAGGUGGGGACGACGGUUUCGUAGCCCCAUAGAAAAGCGCACACGUAAAUAAAGUGUGACGUCAUUAGUAGGCUUAUUGAGGUCGUGCUUGUAAAUAUCGCGCUCUAUAGUUGUGUAAUCAUUUUCUAUCUGGCAUGUAAUUGCAAUUUUAUAAGAAUUAAUACUGCUUUUUACUCAGUAAAAGUGAUUACAAUUUUUGUGGCCGUGUGUUUUUUUAAGGACAAGGCAAGCCAUCGUAAAGAUGGCAAAAAAACCGCACAGAAUCCAUUCAAUCGAUACAGAAUGCCUAUGGCCGGGAUUAUUUUCAUGCAAGUGGCAUCUACAAAAUGCGUGGGGCCGAAUUAGCCAUUCAUUGGCACUACCGGCUGGGAUGCAAUUACAUUUUUCUGCCACCAAGGGCAAGUUCGCGCAACAACAGUUAGUCAACCAGUGGUUGGUGGGUGUCAAACAGUGCGCAUGCGCUGUAACAUUAAAGUACGAACGACGGUGAACCAUUGUCAACAUUAUGGCGGUCACGAAUACGUUUGGAUCGUUAACGUUCUUUGACCUGUUGAACGAACCGGAAGAUAUCUCCUAGGCCCACCAGCGGGUAGUUCAACUCGCUACGUUCAUUUCGACAUGGCACCUUAACGCACGAAACGAGGCUAUUGAUGACCAGCGAUGCGACCAGCGGGCCCGGCAGUAGGCUGGUUCCAAAUCGUCGACUACCGUAGUCCAACCAUCGUCGACUAGACAGAGUUAGGGCUAACUUAGUCGAACUAUGGUUAACAAUUAUAGUUCUUACACGCGAACUUGCCCAAUGUAUGCGCUGCGUCAGUUGGUAACGAAACGGUUCUCGGGGCUUAACUCUGGAACCAUGAAUUAGAACAUAAGAGUACAAUUUAAUUUAUCGAUCGUCGGGACUUGAUUAAACACAAUUUAGGAAAGAAAAUUCACUUUUUUGGGGGGUGGGGAUGAAAAUGCAAAAUUCUCUCCAAGUUUCGAACCUGGCACCCACAGAAUUCAGACCAGCUAUUUAACGCAGCACGCCAUAGCGAACCACACAAACCGCCGUGGAGUAUAAAGCAGGGUUUUUUUUUCUCGAAAAAUCUUUAUGUUUACAUAUCCUGAGCCGUAACAUAAUUUUCUGUGAAUUUAUUGACAAAGUUUUUUUUUUCAAUCCUCUUAUCUGCAAACAUUAUCACGUCUUCAGGUCCAGCCGGAAUAGAUGCAUUUAGUCAAAUUUGACUUAAUUUGAUCUGUAAAACAUCUGUAGUUUUAUAUAUUUUUGAGUAUAUUCUGUAGGCUAUAUAUAUACUGUCUUCAACUUCAGUUAUAUUUUUAAUCAUUCAUGUUUAAUAUUGCUACUUGUAAUUGUUUUUCUUAUUAAAUUUCUUCAAGGGGGUAAUGAACAUAAAAA